GGGCCCCCACCCCUGAGCUACACCCUGCCGUGCCCAGCUCUGCCGGCGUCCGUGCCCCCGCGGCGAGCGCGCCGGGGCUGCCCCCCGAAUGACGGGCGGAAGGUUCGACUUCGACGAUGGCGGCACCUACUGCGGCGGCUGGGAGGAGGGCAAGGCGCACGGGCAUGGCAUCUGCACGGGGCCCAAGGGCCAGGGCGAGUACUCUGGCUCCUGGUCGCACGGCUUCGAGGUGGUCGGAGGCUACACCUGGCCCAGCGGCAACACCUACCAGGGCUACUGGGCUCAGGGCAAGCGGCACGGGCUGGGGGUGGAGACGAAGGGCAAGUGGAUGUACCGGGGGGAGUGGUCACAUGGUUUCAAGGGGCGCUACGGGGUCCGGCAGAGCCUGUCCACCCCUGCCCGCUACGAGGGUACCUGGAGUAACGGGCUGCAGGACGGGUACGGCGUGGAGACCUACGGGGACGGAGGUACCUACCAGGGCCAGUGGGCUGGAGGCAUGCGGCACGGCUACGGCGUGCGCCAGAGUGUGCCAUAUGGCAUGGCCACGGUGAUCCGCUCCCCACUGCGCACCUCGCUGGCCUCACUGCGGAGCGAGCAGAGCAAUGGUAGUGUCCUUCACGAUGCUGCCGCUGCUGCUGCAGACAACCCGGCUGGCACCAGAGGUGGCUUCGUGCUUAACUUCCACGCGGAUACAGAACUGGGCAAGAAGAAGGGUGGCCUCUUCCGUCGGGGCUCCCUGCUUGGCAGCAUGAAACUGCGCAAGUCCGAAUCCAAGUCUUCCAUCUCCAGCAAGCGCAGCUCCGUCCGCAGCGAUGCAGCCAUGAGCAGAAUCAGUUCCAGUGAUGCCAACUCCACCAUCAGCUUCGGUGACGUUGACUGUGAUUUUUGCCCUGUGGAAGAUCAUGUGGAUGCCACCACCACAGAAACCUACAUGGGCGAGUGGAAGAACGAUAAGCGCAAUGGCUUCGGCGUCAGCGAGCGCUCCAAUGGCAUGAAGUACGAAGGCGAGUGGGCCAAUAACAAGAGGCAUGGGUACGGCUGCACCGUGUUUCCCGAUGGCUCCAAGGAAGAGGGAAAAUACAAAAAUAAUAUCCUAGUCCGUGGAAUAAGGAAGCAGCUUAUACCAAUCAGAAAUACAAAAACUCGGGAGAAGGUGGAUAGAGCAAUUGAAGGCGCACAAAGGGCUGCCGCCAUGGCCAGAACCAAAGUGGAAAUAGCAAACUCAAGGACUGCACAUGCCAGGGCGAAAGCUGACGCUGCUGACCAGGCUGCCCUGGCUGCCCGCCAGGAGUGCGACAUUGCGAGAGCCGUGGCCAGAGAGCUGUCGCCUGAUUUCUACCAGCCAGGCCCUGAUUAUAUCAAACAAAGAUUUCAGGAGGGGGUAGAUGUUAAAGAAAAUCCAGAAGAAAAGGUACCAGAAAAGCCGCCAUCCCCAAAGGAAUCCCCGCAUUUUUAUCGCAAGGGUACCACACCCCCCAGGUCCCCUGAAGCAAGCCCCAAACAGAGCCACUCCCCCCAGCCUUCCUCCCCAAAACCCAUGAAGAAACAAAACCCAGGCUCAGGGGCAAGACUCAGUCAAGAUAAAAGGAGCAUGACUGAGGAGCAGGUGACAGCCAUUGUCAAUAAGCCCUUGAUGUCAAAGGCUCCUUCAAAGGAACUCGGAGCAACCAAGUACUCUGGCCGCCAUAAUGUCCCCAACCCCAGCAACGGGGAGCUGCACUCUCAGUAUCACGGCUACUAUGUGAAACUGAACACGCCCCAGCAUCCUCCAGAAGAUGGGGAGGAUGACAGUGGAGCCAGCCAGUCUUCCUCAGCGUUGGUACACAGGCCAUCGGCUAACAAGUGGAGUCCUCCUAAAUCUGUGACAAAAUCAGUUGCCAAAGAAAGCAAAGCUGAGCCAAAAGCCAAGAAGUCUGAACUUGCUAUACCAAAGAACCCAGCAAGCAGUGAUUCCUGCCCUUCAGAAAAAGAAGUCAAUUCAGGCCCUAAUUCCAUCAUGAUUGUCCUGGUCAUGCUGUUGAAUAUCGGGCUGGCCAUUCUUUUCGUUCACUUUCUGACUUGAUUGGAAUUAGGCAAGGUAAGCGUAAGCCUUAAUUUCUAUACAAAAUUAACAUUGUUUUCUCCGAUUCCGAUUUACAAUUUUUAACAGUUGUCUUUCACGUUAAUGUUGACUGUGUCUGAAUGUGACUCUAUGGUUAUUUAAUGCUAUAACUGUUUUGACCCUUCAGUGAAGUCAUGCCAACUAGUGGAGUUAGCCCACAGUUCUGCCGUGGUGUCCUCAGCCCUUUAAACACUGGCACACCCCAGUCACACUCAGGCAAGGAGGCUUGGGAUGGGCUCACCAGAGAGAUGACACUUGGAAAAUUCAGCCAGAGGACCUGUUCAGUUCCCCCAGGAAUGCUUUGUGUCUUUGGGGGUCCUCUGAGAGCUGAAGCACGCAGCCAUGUUGGAGAGCAAACCUUGAUAACGAUUCUUUUUUAAAAUCUGCUGAAGCAGCCCCAUCCGGCGAAGUUCUUGGCGUCGGCCACUCCAUCUGUCCUAGCAGAGUGUGACUAAACUGGAAAUGUAUGGACCUGCAAUUUUUUUUUUUUUGAUGGAAGUCAACAGCUGCCUUACUAUUUUACCAUCUGACGUUUUUAGUAGGGAGCUGGGGAGAGAAGACGGCCCAAGGAAUGCGGUCUGAGGAUUGUGUUGCGGUGGGCGUGGUUCCAACGUUCACUCCUAUCUCAUUAGAAGGAGGCAGCAGCGUCACCCAGCAGUCUUCUGCCGUGACCUGCUGCUUGAGCGUCGCCUGGAAUGUCCUGGGAGGGAACGUUUCAUUCGCUUGUGCACGACUCUGCUCAUUUUUUGCUGUUUUUUUGAUAAUAUGUUGCAUAGUCAUCUUCCACCUGCAGACCUGGCUGGACGAAAACACACAGGUUGCAUCUCAAGGAAAAGCAACAACGAAAGACUAGUUAAAGAAAGAGAAAAAAAAUAGUGUUUAUUUUAAUAGCAAUACAUCAUUUUCAUGUUGUUUAUUCUUUCUAAACCAAUACAAGGCUAUUUAUCUUUAAAAUGUAGUGGUCUGAAGGUAUUAUAUCUUCCAAAGAAAUAAUUUAUUUUAAGUAUUUUCAGCAUUGCUGAGGUGAAUGGUUGACACACUCAGGAGGCGCUUCAUUUUAAAAGCUGAAAGACAGCAGCAUACUAAGAAGUGUAGUCAAAGCGUUGCAUGGAUUGCAGUAAUCAGCAGUUGAGGGUUCGGUUUCAUUGCUGACGUAUGUUACAACCAAAUAAAAUCUUGUCAGUGGCUAUGUUGAUUCCCAUGAAAGUUAAGCAAGAUGCUAUUAAUAGCUCCUCUUCUCUUUCUCCACCCUCCCCGCCUCAAAUUUUGGCUGAAUGAGUUCAGGUACAUGGUGAAACCCUGUUAACUCAUUGCUCCUCGAUUCUCCACCUUCAAUACUUUUCAAACUUGUUUUGUAGUUUUAUUUUAAAUAUUAAAGACGUAGAUGGUUUUGUUUUAAAUAUUUGUCUUUUGCUGUCCUGUUUUGUUCUGACGUUGUUUUUCUAUUAUAUAAUUUAAUCAAAAGCAUGCUUACCUAGAGAAAUCAUGUGAUCUUUAUAAAAAAAUAAUUACUUAAAAAGAAAUCAGGGGAGGAAGGGUAUGCCUGAGUGUCUUGAAGGUGUUACGUGAGGGGGGACUCUUCCUAGAUGUUAGCCAUGGUGUCAUGGUAUCAGCCGAGUCUCUCCCUUAGCUGCCUUCUCAGUGCUGAAGAGACGGUGUGACCCCGUGUCAGCACAGGUGCGGGCUGCAUGCUUUGUCACCUGUAGAGCAGUAACCCAGCGGUGGUUUUCUUUGUCUGCAGAAGUGCAAUAUAUUAAGACUCCUGGGUGUGACCAAUAUGGAUUAAAUAAGGCAGAAAGAGAGCAAAUGAAAAUGAUAUUACAACUUGUAUAUUUAUUUUUUACAUUUUGCUUUGACUUUUAAAUUUAGAAAGUCCGUUUUUACUCAAGAACAAACUAAGUCCCUGUGUGGUCUCCACACUCUCCCUGCUCCUUCCUACCCCAUAGCUUCUUAUGCUGGGAAGGCUGGUUUUGUUUUUUUUUUUUUAAGAAAAUAGAAUAUUUAAUCUUAUUAAGUGUUUAUUUAAAUGUGUAAUGCUUUGGAAAUAAUGGGCAACAGAGAACUAAAGGAUGUUUAUAAGUGAGCAUGUUGGCUCUAUUUAUAAAUAUAUAUAUGAUUUAUAAGCUUUUUUAAAACAAAGCUCAAAUUGUGGGUAUUUUUGUAAAAUGUGCACAGCUGUAUUUUCCAUGAAGGAUCUUUCUAAUAGGUUGUUAUACUGUACUCUACAUUUUGGACAGCACAUGAAGUCUGCCAAUGUACUUAAUAAAACAUGACUUUGUUUAUUUAAAGUUUCUUGCUGUGAAAAAGAACUCCCUACCGGUGAGUUCCUUAAUUUAUAAUCCUUGAAACCAAAAUGUAUAAUGUACAGUUUCCACAACUGUAACUGCUCUAAUAAAAAUGUUGGUUAUUAAUAAA